AUGAAACAUCAACUUUAUUUAUUAUUAUUGUUAUUAUUAUUAAUCAGUGAUUUUCUUGAACCUAUUCACGGUCAAUGUGCAGGUGGAAUAUGGUCCAUUCAACAGUCCAACAUUGGUUCAUUUUCUGUUUCAUGGAGAUAUAAUAUGGCUUCGAAUACAGUUCAGUUUAUCAUUGAGGGAAAAGCAACAGAUAGUAUUAAUCUUUCAACAACUUACAUUGCACUCGGUUGGUCUGACACAGCACCAACUAUGACUAAGAUGGACGUGGCUAUGUUCUUCCCUGGAACUCAAAUCGUUCAAGAUCGAUUUUCUCAAGGGCAUAGUGCACCAACAUUGGAUAAUCAACAAGAUUUUUGUGUUAUUCGCACUAACACGACGGAUAAAAACAUUUAUGCCGCAUUUGAACGUUUCCUCGCCACAGGAGAUACAAAGGAUAUUAGUUUCACAUCAGAUGUCUAUUUAAUGUUUGCAGUGGGAUCAUAUACAUUCACAAAUGGUUACAACCCUCAGCAGCAUUCUUUUCGUACAUCAUAUCAAACGAGCAUCAGCUUGCUCAGCUGUAGUUCAAGUGGUUGUUCAACAACGAGUUGUCCUAUUGCUGCUUGUCCAUGUUUACAACAAAUCACCACCGGUUCUGGACAGUGUGUUUGCUUUCCGCCAUCGUCAUGUGUUUCAGGUUCAACAGUGACACCACGAAUAAGCACAACAAUAUCUGUCGCAGGAGGAAUAUCGUCCGUGGGGACAUCAUUGACUGGUUCAUGUCAAAAUCAAACGAAUCCAUGUACAUCCAAUGGAAUAUGUAUUCAACUAUCAGCAACGCAAUAUAUGUGUCAAUGUAAAAAUAACUACACGGGUGUAUAUUGCCAAACGCCAUUGGGAGAUAACAAUACUGGCCUGUCGAAUUCGUGUCAAUGUCUUAACAGUGGUACCUGCUUAACAAAUGGGUCUUGUUUGUGUAGCAAUCUUUUCCGAGGAAAAUUUUGUCAAAUAAAUAAUCCGUGCAAUAAUUAUUGUCAAUACAAUGGCAACUGCUCCGUAGUUUGUACGGAUACGGCGUGCAAUAGACCAGUAUGCAGCUGUGGAAAUGACAGUACUGGUGCACAAUGUGAAACAAGCGUAAGUGGACCAUGUCAAGCAAGUACAUGUAUAAAUGGAAAUUGUGUGACACUAUCCAAUGGAACAAUGCAAUGUCAAUGCAAUUAUGGCUAUUUUGGAAGUCGAUGCAAUUUAGUCAAUAGUUGUCUAUCAAGUCCAUGCAAUCAAGGUACUUGUGUACCAUCAUCAACUUGUCAAGGCCUUUUGUGUAGCUAUGCGUGUUUGUGUCCAACUGGAGUGACAGGGAGCAAUUGUGAAAAUAAUAAUAAUCCAUGUCAAAGCAAUCCAUGUCAAAAUAAUGGUACCUGUCUUUCAUCGUCGAACAAAUUUUCGUGUAGAUGUCAACUUCCAUAUGGUGGAACACUUUGUGAAUUAACAAUUAAUGUUUGCACACCCAAUCCUUGUUUUAAUAACGGUGAAUGCGUUCGAAGUACCAAUAUACAGGAUGGUACUUAUCGAUGCAAUUGUCCGACUGGAUUUAUCGGUACAAGUUGUGAAUACAUAAGUGGUUGCAUAUCGUCACCAUGCCGAAAUGGUGGUCAAUGUAUAUCAUCGACUACCAAUUGUUCUUCAACAACAUGUCCUGCAACUUGUAAAUGUGUCAUUGGCACAAGUGGAAUUUUUUGCGAACAACUAAGUCUUUCAUGUUCAACACAACCUUGUUUGAAUGGUGGCAUUUGCUUGACCAACUCGACAACGAAUAUUUCUUAUUGUCAAUGUCUCUCAAAUACAACCGGCGUUCGUUGCGAAACAAUUGUACCGCUAUGCACAGCUUCGACAUGCGCAAAUAAUGGUGUUUGUUAUGUCGAUGCAUCAGGAGGAAACAAUGUACUACGAUGCAUAUGUGCAUCAGGAUAUACUGGUGCAGAUUGUCAAAUAGCAAGGAAUACCUUGGGUUCUUGUGCAUCAAAUCCUUGCGGAUAUAAUGGUACUUGCUUUGCAAUAACAAAUGCGUCCUAUUAUUGCGUUUGUUCUAACGGUGCAGUUGGAUCAUCAUGCAGUUCAACUGCCAUAACAUCGUGUGAUAACUCUCCUUGCUAUUAUCUUGCAACAUGCCAAGCUGUAUCCAAUAGCAAUCCAAAAACUUAUGAAUGUAUUUGUCCAGAUUAUUUGACGGGUGAUCGUUGUCAAUAUGUAAAUAGUUGCCAAAAACAACCAUGUUACAACCAAGGAACUUGCAUUCCAUUGGGUCCACAAAAUAAUUUCAUGUGUGUAUGCCAACGAGGUUUUGGGCAAUAUGAUUGUUCGACAUAUCUGGGCUUAACAUGUAAUUCAAGUGUAUGUUUAAAUGGUGGUACAUGUGAUUCUAACAGUACAAGUAUACGAUGUAUCUGUCCAGCUAGUUUUGCCGGAGCACGGUGUGAAUGGACUUCGGUUUGCUCAAUAACUACUUGCUCAAAUGGUGGAACGUGCAGACAAAUAGCAGCAACAAUGGCUGAAUGUCUAUGUCCACUUGGUUUUACUGGUCCAACAUGUGGAUUACGUGACUCGUGCGCCAAUUCUCCAUGUAAAAAUGGUGCCGCUUGCACGACUUUGCUUGGUGAGACAAGUAACAAUUGGUCUAUGUAUCGAUGUAAUUGCCCACCGCAACGUUAUGGUGAACUCUGUGAUACACCGAUCAGUUCCUGUGCUAAUAUGUUAUGCCCAUCGUUCAAAAUUUGUAGUGAACAAUCAACUGGGCCGGUGUGCACAUGCACCGGAAAUAAAGUGGGCACAUUUUGUCAAUACGAAAAUCCAUGUACACUUUCGACAUCAACAGCAUAUUGUCAAAAUGGAGGCACUUGUAUUUCAUCGAAUACAGAUCCUCCGGUCGCUACUUGUCUGUGUCGCACAGGUUAUACAGGUUCUCGGUGCAAUACAAUUCUUCAAAAUGAUCCAUGUGGUAGUACGCCAUGCUUAAACCAUGGCUACUGUGCACUAUCCAUGGUCAAUACGACAUUUGCAUGUAUUUGUAAUGCCAAUUAUACCGGUUCUCAAUGUGAAAGAUCCAAUCCGUGUCAAUCAUCUCCAUGCUUAAAUUCAGCUGUUUGUCAAAGUCAAUGGAAUACCACGAACACAUGGUAUACAUGCCGUUGUCUCGAAACAUUCACAGGAACUAGAUGCGAAACAUCCCUACUCAAUCCAUGUGGCGGAUUAUGUAUGAACGGAAGUCCGUGUGUUGAUGGUGUAUGUGUAUGUUCGUCGCAAUACAUUGGCACAUAUUGUGGAUACGCUAAUCCAUGUCAAAGCUCAAUCUGUCGAAAUGGUGGUCUCUGUGCGUCGAGUUACAAUAUGACCAGCGCUUCAUUUUCAUGCACGUGUCCACCUCUGUAUACUGGUCAAUAUUGUGAGAAUUAUCUCACUACACAAACAGCGGACUGUACUCUGCCAUGUUAUAAUGGUGCCACUUGUCAGAAUGGUAUCUGCACGUGUACAUCACAAUACGUUGGACCUUCGUGUCAAUACGAAAAUCCAUGUGUCAAAAACAAUCCAUGUUUGAAUAGUGCUACUUGUUUCGGUCGAUAUUAUCUUAAUGGAACUUUGUAUACCCAAUGCUUUUGUUUACAGGGAUAUACAGGAGCGAAUUGUGAAACUCCAAUUUGUUCGUUAACGUCGUGCAAUAGCGGCAACUGUACUGCAGUUCAAAACAGUUUUGUUUGUACAUGUCCAAGUGGAAAAUCUGGUGAUCAGUGUCAAUACACUAAUGCUUGUGUAAGUAACCCAUGUUCUGCAACAGAACAAUGUGAACAGAAUGGCAAUAGUUACAAAUGUGUUUCGUGUUACGAUAAAAGUACAUUCUGUUCAAUCUAUCAAACUAAUCGCGAAUAUUGCAGUAAUCUCUACGCUCUUUCGGUCGAUAACAGCUCUUAUUCCGUGUUGGAAAUGUGUCCGCGUUCGUGUGGUCAAUGUGAAUCGACACAAAAGUCGAAUGAGCAAAAUACCGAUAUUGUAGUACCAUCCAAUGACACUGAUAGCAGUGAUUCGACAACGACAACAACGACGACGACUACGUCGAGCUCAACUACAACAACAUUCGGACUUAAUAUAAUCUUCUCACGUGCAGACAAGUGUGUCGAUCGACGACAUGAUUGUGCAGAACAAAAAGUCUUGGGCUUUUGUGAAAUUUGGAAUGCAAAAUAUCCCGACGAUUGUAUGAACACAUGUCAUCCAGCUUGUAAUACACAUAUCUAA